UACUAAUUUCUAAAUUUCUUUUUAUUCGGCUCUUCGAAAAAGGACGCUAUUUCCCUGAGUAAAUAUUAAUUAAUCUUUUAAUAUUAAUUUUGGUUGGCGUUAGUGCCAAUUUUUAUUUUUACCCAAACAGGCUUUUGAAGAUGGAAUAAAUUCUUAUCAAGAAUUUUUUGUAGUUUGGACGUAUUGGUAUAGUAAACCGCAUUUUGUUCAUCUAUCAUGUCCAGCAGACGAUCGCAACUAUUUGUUGGCCGUUUACCUUUAGAUUCUAGGGAAAGAGAAAUUGAAGCCCUCUUUGAAAAAUAUGGAAGCUUGGUGCGAUUCAACUUAAAAUAUGGAACUGGGAUGGCGUAUGCUUUUGUGGACUACGAGGAUAAGAGAGAUGCAGAGGAUGCUAUAAAGUAUGAAAAUGGACGUGAUCUUCGAGGACAAACAAUUGUAGUGGAAUGGGCUAGGGGCACAUCUAGUCGCCCACCUCUUCGAAGUAGGACCAGUGCAGAGUGUUACCGCUGUCAUCGUUACGGUCAUUGGGCUCGUGAUUGCCCUGAACAGGAUAGGAGAUACAGAGGCGGAGGUGGAGGUCGGUAUUCUGGUUCAAGAUCAAGCUCAAGAAGGAAAAGGUACAGUUCUAGUCGGAGUAGGAGCUCAUCUAGAGACAGGUGGAGAAGGCGCAGAACUCCAAGUCAAGUUCAUUCUCCCAGCUACAACCGCUCUAAGCGACCAAAGAAGUCAUCUCCUGGAAGUUCACGAUCAAGAUCAAGAAGUGCUGAAAAGUCUAAGAAGGAAGUGUCUCGCCGUAGCUCAAGCAAAUCUACAAGCCGCAGUCCUCCCCGAAAGAAGCGUGCAACCAAAUCUGGUACACGUAGUCCUGCUAGAAAGCACAAGGCUAGCAGGUCUACCAGUCGCAGCCCUUCACCUGGUGGUAGAGGUUCUCGGAGGGAUAAAAGCAGGAGUGAAAGCCCACGUAAAUCCCGUUCAAGGAGUAACAGAGAUGUGAGUCCUAGAGAGAGUAAGAAGCGUAGCAGGAGUAACAGCAAGGAUAACAGUCCUAAAGGUCGCCAAUCUCAUGGCAGAAGUCGCAGCAAGUUGAGUCGUUCCCGUAGUAGGAGUGUGGAAAGAAAGGCGCAUCGUGGAGGAUCCCCUGAUGAGAAGGAAAGUGGCAGAGAUUAUGCAAAUGGCCAGCGUAAAAAUCAAAGUCGUAGUCCUGAAAGGAGCCCCGAAUCCCAAGGAAGCCGUGGUCGUAGUCGCUCACGCAGUCCGAGUUACGAUAAAGAAGAGGCCAAUAAAGAGCGAGAACAAUGGAGUAAAUCCCCUUAGACAAUCUGAUGUAUUACUCCAAUUUAUUUCUUUAAUUUCUUAUGUUAAUGUAAUAUGUAUUUCUCUUAUUACUAUACCAUAAUAAACCCAACUUUGUCCUCUA